UUUGGGGUGGUCGAUCCACAUGGCCCACGUUUAGAUUCCCAACCUUUGCAGAGUUAAGGUCUCGGACUGGUUUUGAUCGGUCAGAUUAAGCUUGGUGAUGGUUCACUUGUCAGCUUCUUCAAAAUAUCUUUUUCCACUAACACCCAAACAACCCGCUGAGCGUUCUAGGACUGCCUGUGUACUAUAUGGGGCCUCGACUUCUCAUGCUGCAAGGGCAAGAACUUCAGGCUAACAGACGGCCCCAAUGAAGCUAGUGCUGGGUCCAGACGAGCGACAGUGAUCACUGGAAGCAGAAAUGGAUCAACAGCUCAGCAGACCAACAUGGAGCAGGCAGAUAGAGUUCACUCUGGCUGGGAUCGGCUGUGCUGUAGGUCUGGGCAACGUUUGGAGGUUCCCCUAUCUCUGCUACAGGAGUGGAGGAGGUGCCUUUCUGGUGCCCUACCUGUUCAUGCUGGUGGUGUUGGGGAUCCCUCUGCUCUACAUGGAGCUGACUGUGGGUCAGUACAUGAGGAGAGGGCCUGUCCAUGCUCUGGCUAAUGUCUGCCCACUGUUAAAAGGAGUGGGCAUGGCAUCAGUGGCAAUCUCCUUCAUAAUGUGCACCUACUACAAUGUUGUCAUCACCUGGGCUCUUUAUUAUCUCUUCAGCUCCUUCCAGGAACCCCUACCCUGGCAGAACUGCAACAACACCUGGAACACACCUAACUGUGAUAAUCAGGCCACCAACAGCAGCUCCACAGCUAGCCAGGAGUUCUUCAAAUAUAAGAUGCUGGAGCAGACUAGUGGUUUGGAGGAGACAGGAGUGAUACGGUGGGAACUUUGCCUUAUCCUUCUCCUGGCUUGGAUCCUCAUUUACUUUUGCAUCUUCAAGGGGGUGAAAUCAACUGGCAAGGUGGUGUACUUCACUGCUCUGUUCCCGUAUGUUAUCCUGAUCGCACUGCUCAUUAAUAAUGUGCAGCUUCCUGGAGCAUUAGAUGGAAUAAACUUCUUCAUUGUGCCAGAGUGGGACAACCUGCUCUCAGUGGAGGUGUGGGUGAAUGCUGCAGCUCAGAUCUUUAACUCCAUUGGGAUUGGUUUUGGCUCCCUCUUCGUCAUGUCCAGCUACAACUCUUUCAACAACAAUGUUCUGAAGGACACCCUGACUAUAUCCAUCAUCAACUCCCUCACCAGUAUCCUGGCAGGUUUCGUCAUUUUCUCUGCCUUUGGAUACAUGUCUCAUCUGCAGGGCAUUCCCGUCAGCGAUCUGGCUGUUGAUGGUCCAGGACUCGUUUAUGUCGUGUACCCACAAGCCUUUGCCAACAUGCCAGUGUCUCAGCUCUGGGCUGUGAUGUUCUUCUUCAUGCUGUUUUGCCUUGGACUGGACAGUGAGUUUGCAAUGGUUGAAGUGAUGGCGACCAGCCUCAUGGAUCAAUUCUACCCACAACUGAUUACAUUUUUCAAGCGGAAGGAGCUCUUUGUUCUUGCUGUUUGUGGUAUAGCCUACCUUUUAGGAAUACCUUGUGUCAUGCAGGUGGGAAUCUAUGUUUUCCAGCUGAUGGACCAUUACACUGCAAUAGUGUCCAUCAUGUUUCUGGCAUUCUUUGAGGUUAUAGCCAUCUGUUGGAGUUAUGGUGUGAAUCGGCUUUCAGACAACCUAGAAGAGAUGAAUGGAAAAAGAGCAAAUAUCUUCCUCAGACUGUGUUGGUUAAUAGUUGCUCCUGUGCUGAUCGCUGUCAUCCUCGUUUUCUCCAUCAUCAAGUUCAAACCAGCCCGCUAUGAGGACUAUGUCUUCCCUCCUUGGGCUCAGGGGGUUGGUUGGGUCAUUGCCAUGGCCUCCAUCAUCUGGAUUCCUUUGGGCGCAAUUCACACAUUGUGGGUGCUGCCUGGCUCACUCAUGCAGAAACUGAGGCUGUCAAUCACUCCAUACAGCCUGGAUGAGAUGUCAAAAAAACCAUAUUAUGAUAGGGGAGGAAGAGACAGAUAUCCAGUCAUAGCUGUCAUCAGCUCCAACAUCUGUGUACCUGAAAAACCUCCUGUCCAGACGAACUUCUGAUACCUUUUUCCUUUACACAACCAAAAUGUUCACCAUGCCACCGUUAAUGGCAGAUUGUUAACAAGCUCAAGUUAAUCAGAACGUGUUUGCCAUUACUCUUUAAUCUUGAACAAGCUUCUGGUAAAAAAAAAUAAAUAAAAUAAACAGAAGUAUGCUACAGAAAUUAUUUACAUGAUUGUGAAAACGUGCUGCUGCAUGUCUGCCGUGCAGAUAAUUUAAAAUGCUCUGCAAUGCAAUUUUUUGUAAGCCUGUUCAUUAAACAUGAACAAAACAGCAGAGGUUCAACAAAAUCUCACAAUUUUGCUGGACCUCGGCUGUUUUGUUCAUGUUUAAUGUGACAAGAUUUUGUGGACAGAUACGUGUUUACAAGAAGAAUGUUCGUGUAUGCAUUCUUGUGUGCAUCUUCAACAUCUGGCCCGCAUUUCCUGUCAUGAGAGCUCCCAAGGACAAAGGAGUGGCCCUCAGGACUAAACAGAUGUUUCACUAGCCUCAUUUGUGGACUUUACUUUGCUAAGAGCGCCAUCUUUUGGCCAUGUUUAUUGAUGCACUUGUGAGUGUUGACAAAUCUAUGAUCAGAUACUGUACUUAAAUGUAGCACUUACAUUCUAGCUAAUGAAAUGACAAAGUGCCACUAUUUAACAUUCACAGUUCAU